AUAAUGUUUUUCCAAUGCUCCUUGAUGAGCUUGCAGAAUUCAUUAGCAUUUAUCUACUUGCUUCUUGAAUUUUCUGCUUUUCCCUUUGGCAAGCAGAGUAUUUUAAAGCUUAAAUCUUGUAGUUCAGUUACAGUGCUGUUCAGAAAUACCUAGAAGUGACUCCUUCCUACUUGUUUUGUUUCCUUGCAUCCAAAGCAGGACAGAGAAAAGCUAUCAAAAGCAUUUCCUGAGAUAAACUCAUUGCAGAUGGAAUUUAACACUCUGUAUUGUCCUCAUGAUAAAGACAGCAACCCAGAGGUGGAGGUGACUUCUUUUUUUGAAGAAUGGUGCAGAGUUCACUCACUGUGUUCCCUCAGCCUGGGCUGCAUGACUGUUUUAAUCCAUCUGAGCUCUGACUCUUGAUGAAAGGAGUAUUUGUUCCCCUGCUGUCUGUGGCAGCUGUGUGGUGAGGGGGAUCUGGGCUUGAUGCAAGUGAAAACUAACAUAGGAAAAGUAAAUGUUUACUUUUCAAACAGAGGAGGUCCUGAUCCAUCCACUGGGUAAGCAAUUCUGCCAGCAGAGCAGGAGGUGUGCAAAUGUGUACCUGGAGGUAGAAAUGCUCAGGUAUUGGCAGGCAGGUUUAUCGAGGUUUGGAGUGCUCAGACAGGGAAGAGCUUGGAGAUUUCUGUGUUAAGAAUUCCCCAGGACAGUGCCUGACUGUGCUGGCUGGAUUGGCUGAUGACCCAAGGCAGGAGGUCCUGGUGUUUGCUUCCUCCAGUGCCAUUUGUGCAGCUAUUUAAUAACGUGUGUCUUUUUCACAUCAGGGUAAGAGAUACGGUUAAACUGGGGAAUGGAUCAGGAAAAAAUAUUCAUAACAGUUUAUCUUGUGUGUUUAUGUAGCAUAAAUGAAGACUCAGCUAAUGCUGUGUGGUUUGCAGCAGUUCCUUUCAGCAGCAGACUAAAGUGACUGCUGAGGAUUUUAAUUCAUUUGGACACAGAGAGCAGCUCCAGCAGAAUAGUGUCCUUGUAAGCAUCCAUUGUUCUCAGGAGUUGCCUGUCAUGGUGAGAUCAGACAUAGGAAUCAAUUUCAUGGAAAAUAUCAUUAUUUUGUAUGUAUUUUGAAAAUACCUCAGAGAACCUAAAGCCAAUGUUAUCAGUGACAACUGGAACUGCAGCUGUCAGGUAUUUUAUUGUGUACCUGAUCUAGCAGACUACAGGUGCAAGUAAAUCCUGGAAGAUCUGUGUGAAGAGAUGGUAGGUAGGGUUGAGGAGAGCUGUUAAUGAGCGCUGCAGCAUCACUGUUAAAGUGCAUUUUCCUGGCUAUAAGAGUAAGACCCAAGGGGUUGCAGAACAGUGCAGUCCUUUGCCCUGGUGAGCCCUGUUUGCUCUGGUCUCUUUGUCCACUGACUUAGUUGGAUUUUCUUUGGGAAGAGGGAGGAGGAGAGAUGAAGGACUCAAGGAAUAUUUGUUGUCCCUUUAUAGCUGAUGAUGUAACUCCAUUGUAAUGGCCCAGUGUUAAGUCUUAUUGUGAUAGGACAGUCUUUAGAGGGGCUCUGACAAUGUCUUAGGGUAGUAGACAGAGCAAUCUUAUAAGAUACCAAUUUUUAUAGGAGUGAAUCUCUGAGCACUUCAUGGAUGCAAGUUUAUCUUUGUUUAAUGCAGGAGUAGCCCACCGAAGCCAGAGCAGCGAAGGAGUGAGUUCCCUCAGCAGUUCUCCAUCAAACAGCCUUGAAACCCAAUCUCAGUCCCUCUCUCGGUCUCAGAGCAUGGACAUUGAUAGUGUCUCCUGUGAGAAAAGUAUGUCCCAGGUAGAUGUGGAUUCAGGAAUUGAGAACAUGGAGGUUGAUGAGAACGAUCGCCGCGAGAAGCGGAGUCUGACGGACAAGGAGCCUCUGUCGGGCUCAGAAGUGUCAGAGGAACAAGCUCUACAGCUGGUCUGUAAGAUCUUCAGAGUCUCCUGGAAGGACCGAGACAGAGAUGUUAUUUUCCUGAAUUCCCUCUCUGCCCAGUUCAAGCAGAACCCAAAGGAAGUGUUUGCAGAUUUUAAGGACUUGAUUGGGCAGAUUUUGAUGGAAGUGCUGAUGAUGUCCACCCAGGCAAGGGAUGAGAACCCCUUUGCCAGCCUGACAGCCACGUCCCAGCCCAUUGCUGCAGCUGCCCGCUCUCCUGACAGAAGCCUCAUCCUAAACAUGGGCUCCAACCCUGGAAGCAGCCCCAUGUUCUGUAAUGUGGGCUCCUUUGGUUCCAGCUCGUUAUCCAGUGUGGGGGGCUCUGGCAGCUCGAGUGUUUCCGAUUCCUGCAGUGACCACUUCACCAUUGAGAACUGCAAGGAGACAGAGAUGCUGAACUACCUCAUUGAGUGUUUUGACAGGGUUGGAAUAGAGGAGAGAAAAGCACCAAAGAUGUGUAGCCAGCCAACAGUUAGCCAGUUACUGAGCAACAUCCGAUCCCAGUGCAUUUCACACGCUGCUUUGGUGCUCCAGGGAUCCUUGACACAACCAAGGUCGUUGCAGCAGCAGUCUUUGCUGGUACCAUAUAUGCUGUGUAGGAAUCUCCCAUUUGGCUUCAUUCAAGAGUUGGUGAGAACCACUUACCAGGAUGAAGAGGUGUUCAAACAGAUCUUUAUUCCCAUCUUACAAGGCCUGGCUGUGGCUUCCAAAGAGUGCUCCCUCGAUAGUGACAAUUUUAAAUAUCCCCUUAUGGCACUAUGUGAACUCUGUGAAAUCAAGUUUGGGAAAACACACCCCAUGUGCAGUUUGGUUGUCUCUUUGCCCUUGUGGUUGCCUAAAUCUUUAAGCACAGGUGCAGGAAGAGAACUGCAAAGACUUUCCUACCUUGGAGCCUUCUUCAGUCUGUCUGUCUUUGCUGAAGAUGAUAACAAAGUAGUUGAGAAGUACUUCUCAGGGCCUGCCAUUACUCUGGAGAACACCCGGGUUGUCAGCCAGUCUUUGCAGCAUUACCUGGAAUUAGCAAGGCAAGAGUUGUUCAAGAUCCUGCACAGCAUCCUGCUGAACGGGGACACCCGGGAGGCUGCUCUCAGCUACAUGGCAGCUGUGGUCAAUGCCAACAUGAAGAAAGCCCAAAUGCAGACAGAUGAUCGUUUGGUGUCCACAGAUGGCUUCAUGCUCAACUUCCUCUGGGUACUGCAGCAACUGAGUACGAAGAUAAAGCUGGAAACGGUUGAUCCCAUGUACAUAUUCCACCCCAGGUGUCGAAUCGAGCUUCCCACAGAUGAGACAAGAGUGAAAGCAACAAUGGAGGAGUUUGCAGCCUGGACUGCUGAACUUUACAGGGAUCCGUCUCCAUUUUGUGAGCCAAAAUUCCCCACGGAAUGUUUCUUCCUGACGCUGCACGCCCAUCACCUGUCCAUCCUGCCCAGCUGCCGCCGCUACAUCCGCAGGCUGCGCGCCAUCAGGGAGCUCAACAGGACUGUUGAAGAUUUGAAAAACAAUGAAAGUCAGUGGAAGGAUUCUCCUCUGGCCACCAGGCAUCGAGAGAUGCUGAAACGGUGCAAGACACAGCUUAAGAAACUGGUGAGGUGCAAGGCUUGUGCAGAUGCUGGUUUGCUGGAUGAAAACUUCCUCAGGAGAUGCCUGAAUUUCUAUGGCAUGGUGAUUCAGCUGAUGCUUCGCAUUCUUGACCCUGCCUAUCCCAACAUAAAAUUGCCUUUAACUCCCGAGGUUCCAAAAGUAUUUGCAUCAUUGCCAGAGUUUUACGUGGAAGAUGUUGCUGAAUUUUUAUUUUUUAUUGUACAAUAUGCUCCUCAGGUGCUGUAUGAGCCCUGUACUCAGGACAUUGUGAUGUUCCUUGUUGUGAUGCUGUGCAACCAGAACUACAUCAGAAAUCCUUAUUUAGUAGCCAAGCUGGUGGAAGUGAUGUUCAUGACAAAUCCAGCUGUUCAGCCCCGCACACAGAAGUUCUUUGAAAUGAUUGAGAAUCACCCUCUCUCCACUAAAUUGUUAGUCCCCUCCUUGAUGAAGUUUUACACAGAUGUGGAACAUACCGGAGCCACGAGCGAGUUCUAUGACAAGUUUACAAUCCGCUACCACAUCAGCACCAUCUUCAAAAGCCUCUGGCAGAAUAUAGCUCACCAUGGUACAUUUAUGGAAGAGUUCAACUCUGGGAAGCAGUUUGUUCGCUACAUCAACAUGCUGAUAAAUGACACCACUUUCUUGCUGGAUGAGAGUCUGGAGUCCCUAAAACGUAUCCAUGAAGUGCAAGAGGAGAUGAAGAAUAAAGAGCAAUGGGACCAGCUGCCCAGGGAGCAGCAGCAGGCCCGGCAGUCCCAGCUGGCCCAGGAUGAGCGUGUGUCCCGUUCCUACCUUGCCCUGGCAACAGAAACUGUUGAUAUGUUCCAUAUCCUUACCAAGCAGGUCCAAAAGCCUUUCCUCAGACCUGAACUUGGACCACGACUGGCUGCUAUGUUGAACUUUAACUUACAGCAACUGUGUGGCCCCAAGUGCCGUGACCUGAAAGUUGAAAACCCAGAGAAAUACGGGUUUGAACCAAAGAAGCUGUUGGACCAACUGACUGACAUUUAUCUGCAGCUGGAUUGUCCUCGCUUUGCUAAAGCAAUUGCUGAUGAUCAGAGGUCCUACAGUAAAGAGCUCUUUGAGGAGGUUAUCUCCAAGAUGAGGAAGGCUGGAAUCAAGUCUACCAUAGCAAUAGAGAAAUUCAAACUGCUGGCAGAGAGAGUGGAGGAAAUUGUUGCCAAGAACGCCCGUGCAGAGAUUGAUUACAGCGAUGCCCCGGAUGAAUUCAGAGACCCACUGAUGGACACUCUGAUGACUGACCCCGUGAGGCUGCCCUCAGGAACCAUCAUGGACAGGUCCAUCAUCCUGAGGCACCUGCUGAACUCCUCCACAGAUCCCUUCAACCGUCAGACGCUGACAGAAAACAUGCUGGAACCAGUGCCAGAACUUAAAGAGCAAAUCCAAGCCUGGAUGAGAGACAAGCAGAAUGACCAUUGAAAUCCCCUUGCAGUGCCCACCCCCAGCAUGGGCAGAGCAGGGCAGGGGCUGCUCUGGCAGGAGUGGACACACACACACCUGGGGCUGUGCCCACGGCACUGAGCUGCAGUAGUGACCAGGAGCAUGUGGACGACGACAAAAGCAGCUUAAUUCUUGUACAUAUAUUUAAGUGAUGGUCAAUAACAUGGAGGACAAGCUAGGAAGUUACUUAUGUUACAAAACUGUCCUUCAGUAUGUCACAUUUUGGAGUUUUUACAGCUGAAUUAUUUUAGCAAAGACGAAUGGAUCAGGGCAGCAUCCCUUCAACCUUGUUUUUUACCGCCAGAUAUCCGUUAAUUUGAUUGUGGUUAGAACCUUGGACAUUUUGCUGCUAAAGUAACUUUUUUCUCUUUCCCUUCCUUUCUUUCUGUUCCACCCAUCAAACCUGCACUGCUGUCUUUUUCUUUUGUAAUGCAAAAAAAAAAUACAAACCCUGUGAAAAUCAAAAUCAUUCCCCUGCCCUUAAAAGAACAUAUUUUGUGCGAUAACUGUGCCUGCAACAAAGUGUUCAUCUUGGGAUCGUAUUUUUAUAUUACACAUAUUUGCCUAUUUGGUUUUUAAUUGGUGUUAGACACAAGGAUAAUUUCAAAAAACGAAGACUUCACACGUGGAUUUUAAUUUCCUUUCCUUGAGAUGUCCCUUUCCUUUAUGUUGAUCAAGAUGCUCUGGUACUUGUGAAAAGCCUUGAGAUAGAAAUAUGUGAAAACAGCUGCCAUGAAUGAGAUGCCUGGGAAUACCAGGAUUUCAGUGACUUGAAAAAAAAAAAAAAAAAAGGAAAUACAUUCUUUCAAUGCUGCAGAUCUAUGCUUACUGACAGUUCUGAGCCAUUGGAGCUUGUCCACAGAGAGCAGAUACUUUUAUCCUUGGAGGCUGCAGUUUGGGGCAGGGGUCAUUUUUUAUGUUGCUUACCAAUUUGUAUCCAUGGCUUGGCCUUACCAAAGCAGAAAGGGUGCAGGAAAUGUAGAAUUACGUUUUUAAAAAAAAAAAAAAUUCACAAACAUUUUUAUAUUACUGCCCCCUGCAUAUGAUACUUGAAUUUCCUUUUUAAAAAGGAUUUGAAACCACAGUGUUUUAAAAUUAAGUUGGAAAAAAAAGUUGUUUUUCUUUUAUUUGUUUUUGCCAUGUCUUCUGUUCAAUUCCUGACUCUCUUGAACUACAAUAAAUGAUACACACUCGCACAGAA